AUGGCAAUUGUUAAAUCAAAUAUAUAUACUAUGGAAGAAGAAGAAAAUGAAAUUAAAGAAAGAAAAACAGGUUUAUAUUUUCCAAAUAUGUUAAUAAACACCCAUAAAGGUGAAGUUUAUUCAGUUAAUUUUUCUUCAGAUGGGAGAUUUCUUUCUUCAUCAAGUUUUGAUAUGACUAUUAUGAUUCAUAAUGUGUAUAAUGAAUGUGAAACAAUUAAUGUUUUAAGAGGGCAUAAAAAUGCAGUAUUACAAGCAAAAUGGUCAAAAGACGAUAGUUAUAUAUGCAGUGCUUCAGCUGAUCACAAUUUGUGUUUAUGGGAUGUAGAAAAUGAAUCAAAAAUAAAAAGUUUUAAAGGUCAUACAAGUAUUGUUAAUGCUCUGGAUAUAAUUAAUCAUAACUCAUUUGUUUCAUGUAGUGAUGACUGCACUCUUAAAUUAUGGGAUUUUAGAUGCAAAAAAUCGAUUCAUACUAUUAAACAAGAUUUUCCCUUAUUGGCUGUGUGUUCAGAUAAAAAGGGAGAAUUUAUUUAUACCAGUUGUGUUGAUAAUACAAUUAAAGUUUAUGAUAGUAAAAAUUACAAAUUAAAAGAUAUAUUAACAGGACAUAAAGAUUAUAUAAGUGGAUUAGAUAUAAAUAACGACGAAACUAUAUUAGCUUCUAUUAGUGCAGAUGAAACUAUAUGCUUUUGGGAUAUUCAACCAUUCUCUUGUGACGAAAAAUUAUUAUUUAAUUUGAAAGCACCAAAAUAUAACGUUGAUUAUAAUUUAAUUAAAUUAAGAUUUAACAAUGAUAAUCUUUUAGCAUGUGGAAGUGGAGAUAAUUAUUUAUAUAUUUAUGAUUAUAAACAAAAAAGUUUAAAAUAUUCUCUUCCAGGACACCAUAGUACUAUUAAUGAUGUUUGUUUUCAUCCUUUUGAAGAAAUAAUAGCUUCCUGCUCAUCUGACCAUACAAUAUUUCUAGGAGAGUUAUAA